UUUGUGGUUUUGUAAUCGGGACGCUACAGCAAAGCUAACUUCAUGCUAGUAAACUGUCAUUUCGUGGAUUUUUGGGAUUCGGCAGAAAACCGGAAAAAAAGUGAAGCGUUGUAAACCGCUUUAAUUAUCGAUUUUUAUUGUGUAUUAAACUUUUCGGUAGACACCAUGGAGCCCAUAUGUGCAGUUCCUGAUAAUGUUCUUUCAUUGCUUAAGUGCUCAUUAUGUGAGAGCUAUUUGUCUGUCCUGCCAAUAACAUUAAUUUCCGAAGAUGGAAGUCAAUACAAAUGUGGACGUUGUAGUACUGUCAAAACCAUUAUUAACACUAGAGCCCUUAUUUAUGAACAUCUCGCUAAACUUAUGACCUUUUCGUGUAACUACAGCGGAUGUGGAAAGAAGGUUCCCUUUACUGAUGUUAAGGAUCAUGAAAAAGUUUGUGACCAAAAAACUGUAGUUUGUCCAAAAGACAAGUGUAACGAAGUUGUUAAGGUAUCUAAAUUUGGAGCUCAUUUUAAAGAAAAGCAUGCUGACGCUCACCAUGUCAAUUCCUUUUUGAUUAAGAACAUCUACAUCAAUUCUAAUGUAGAUGUAUUGGAAAAAAAUGGAAAGACGUAUUUAGCUAUCUUCGAUUUUGAUGAGGUUAAUUUUGGAUUGAGUGUUUGUGCUCUUGAUCCUGCAGACAAUAUCCAGUAUGAAGUAAAACUCAGAAAUGAGAAGAGCAACUAUACCAUCAAUAUAGCUAGCCAAAAUGUUAUCGCUUUUAAUGAACGUGAACACUGUAUUAAAUGUGUAGGUGGCACAUGCAAGGCUAAAUCUCACAUGUAUCGAGAAAAUCGCAGAGAUAUUUUAAAGCGGAUGACUACUCGGAUAAACCGAGACUGCAUCAAGAGAAUGAUUGGAACUGGAAACUUGUCCUAUACCAUCAACGUUUAUGAGGAAGGUGAGAAACCCAAGGAUGACUCGAAGAUUGAGGUUAAGGAUGCCAUAAUCAGAAAAGCCAAGAAAAUCUUUUUGCAAUUGCUGGAAUGUCCGUGUUGCAAGGAGUACAUGUCUCCACCUAUCUAUCAGUGUUUGGCAGGGCACACGGUCUGCAAUGUGUGUAAACCAACCUACGAGAAAUGCCCAUCUUGUGAAGAGCUCAUCCAGAAAACCCGUAACUUCACCCUGGAGGAAUUGUCAAAGAAAGUGGAGCUGCCGGCUGAUGAUAAGAAAGUCAAAUCUGACACGAGCUUAAAGAGAGCUGCCGAAGAAAACGGCAAUGCCGAAAAUCAAGCAAAAGUUGCAAAGAAUUAAUUUUCAAUUGACCUCCAAUAGGCCAAGGUGAAAUUUUUUUUAAUUAUUUAGUGUUAUGGCUGGAAUAAAUGUUUUUGUAUUAUAUGACUACAAGAAAUGUGUACAACAUUUGGCAGAUCGUUUUAACGAAGUUAAUUAAAGAAUUCAUUUUUGGUACAAUUAAAUUAAAGAAUUCGUUUUGAUGCACACGAUUUUGGGGCUAAGUUUGUCCAUUGAAAGAUUUGCAUAUUAAGCAUGUAUUAAUGUUAAACAAGAGAUUCGGUGUUAAAAUUGAUAUUUUUUACCAAGCUGUAUUUUGGUAUUAUUUUUGCAAUUAGGGUGUGUUUACUGCAAGCUGAUCACAGAAUAAUCAGUGAUUGUAUGUCAGUUUUGAGUACAUGUUCAAUUUGCGUGUAUUUAAUUUCUAUCAAAAACUAGACUAUAAGCUACAUCCCAAAAAAAAAUUUUUUUUUACGUUUUUUCAAUAUUUGUAUGACGUGAACAAAAGUUUAAAUGUUAAUGUGAAUUUGUAUCUGACAGAGUACGAAUCAGUUAUAUGUAUAAAUGUUAUGUGGUGUUCAUGACUAUUUGGUAGUAUUCAAAAUUUUAAUAAUUUUAUUUUUGUCUGGACUGUAAACUUAUAGAACCAAUACAGUUGAACCCGCUUAUUAGAAUACCGGUUAUAGAAAUAUUCCGGCUUAAGCAAUAGAAAUUUGAGGUCCCAAAACAGUUUUACUAGCCACUAAUGAUCGGUUAUUAGAAAAUACCGGUUAUAGGAAUACUUUCGCUUGGCAUGAAGGCUAUUCCAAUAAGCGGGUUCGAUUGUAUCACUACGAAGCACCCGUAAAGUGCCUGUGAAUGACAUCUCAAAAACAUCUGCAGAAAGUAUUGGAAAUGUUUUUAUAGAUAGCGGAACAUACUACUAAUUUCAGUGUGUGAAUCAAAUGGUAUGUCAUGGCGGCGUAGGAACCAUUUGACACCGUGACAAUAUUGUUAAAUUGACAAAUGGAUGAAAACGAAAUUUUUAACGCUUGUUGUAAUGCUUUUCAUCUACUUUUCUGCUUUCUGUCCGUCAAGGUGCAAUUUUCGUAAUCAAAAUAUCCAGUUUGCUAAGAAACCCUAACUUAAUUGACAUAUUUAUCAGCUCAGGCAAAUAAAAGAUAUUAGGUAUAGUCGGUUCUCUAAACUCAUACACAACUGGCUAGUGAUUUUAGUAAGUAAUUUUGCCAAUUUUGCAAAAUUGACAAAAAAAAAUAAUUAAUAAAUAGUUGGCAAAAUUGGCAAAAAACAAACAAAUUACCAACUAAAAUCAUUAGCCCGUUGUGUCUGAGUUUAGCGAACCGACUAUAUAUGGGUAGUACCAAGGGAUUUUAAACUUGUAACAGAGAUUAUUAUCAUAACGCCUCUGUUUAACUACAAACUUUCUAGCUCAAUAAAAAAUUAUUUUUGUGAUUAUUAUAGAAUUCAAAAUAAAAGAAACUAUGAUUGGAAAUAACAGUUGAUAAGAUUAGAAAUUUUUUUAAAUAAAAACACAGCCAUUUUCAUUUGUUUUGAGUCAUUGUGUGUCCCCAUAUUUUUUACUCAAAAAAAAUUAUGUAUACCAAAUGUUUGCUAAAAAAGAGCUCAACCGACAUGAUUGAUUGUACAGUUGAAAAGUUUUGUGUGCACAUACCCAAUUUGUAUUUUUUGAUCAAGAGUUUUCUUAGUAAUUUGUAUUUAGGUUUAAUAAAAUUUCCGAAAAAUAAACAUUCUUUCUAUAUAA